GGCGGACAUGAUAAAUAAAUAGUCUCAAAGACUAACCUCCGCCAACAAACUGGUCCCUUACCUCACCAUACUCACAGCAAUUGCAGAGUGCGUUGGCUGACUUCUCUACAACCACAGAGUUGAUCAUUGCUGCACGCGGCGCCGCAACCUCGGGUGGGCGCGCCGCGACUCCACCCCGGCACCUCCGGUCGGAGGCCUCUUUUCAACCACCGCCCGCCCCCCCAACGAUGGCACUUUCCAUCCGCUUCCCUUUCUCCGUUGCUUUUGCGCGCCCUCAUUCUUCUCUCCCUUCUCCCUUCUCUUCUGGUUACGCUUUCCUUGCUUCUUGAGGAUCUCUUUACUGUUGCCUUGUCCCCCUCCUUCAUAUUUGUCAUUCCCAAUGGCUCCCAUCACAGAAGAGAUCAUCCAUGGUCUUAAGGAUACCAUCGGCAAGCUUGAGGCUCGCAUUGAAGACCUGGAAGGUCGCCUCACCAGUGAAGUCAAGCCCAAGUCUGUCACUGAGCAGAUGCGCAUCAUUUUGAUGGGACCUCCCGGUGCCGGCAAGGGAACCCAGGCCCCUCGGCUCAAGGAGAAGUACUGCGUCUGUCACUUGGCUACCGGUGACAUGCUGCGGUCCCAGGUUGCCAAGAAGACUGAGCUGGGAAGAGAGGCCAAGAAGAUCAUGGACCAGGGAGGUCUGGUCAGUGAUGAGAUUAUGGUCAACAUGAUCAAGAGUGAGCUCGAGAACAACACCGAGUGCAAAAAUGGAUUUAUUCUUGAUGGCUUUCCUCGCACUGUUGCGCAGGCUGAACGCCUGGACGAUAUGUUGGCCGCGCGCCAGCAGAAGCUCCAACAUGCUGUUGAGCUGCAGAUCGACGAUGCUUUGUUGGUCGCUCGUAUUACCGGACGUCUGGUCCACCCGGCUUCCGGACGCUCGUACCACAAGAUCUUCAACCCCCCCAAGGAGGAGAUGAAGGAUGAUAUUACUGGCGAGCCAUUGAUCCAGCGCUCCGAUGACAAUGCCGACACCCUCAAGAAGCGUCUUGGCACCUACCACGCCCAGACUGCUCCUGUGGUUGAUUACUACAAGAAGACCGGUAUCUGGCGUGGUAUUGACGCCAGCCAAGAGCCUGGUCAAGUAUGGAAGUCGCUCUUGGGGGUUUUCCAAAAACCCUAAGCAGUCAGUUGCUGUAAUCUCCACCAAGAAGGGAGUUGAGUGAUGACCCCGCCUGAUACCAUUUAUCCUAUCACUUUACCCUGGCUGGGAGGAAUAAAUUACGGGAGAGCGACCGGACGUGCAGGACUUUUGCCUUAAAUCUUCUUACCGGUCACGGAUUAUGAUGGGGGAAGGGCCGCAGCAAUCGGACGUGGUACACUGGCAUGUAAAAUGUGGUGUGUCUUUGGUUUCAUAUAUAGAUGAAUACCUUCUGGUAGGGAUUUGUUAUGUACAGUACUGCUUAUUUGAAUGGGAUGGCGCCUUAGGAUAGAAACUGCCAUCUGGCCUAC